CCAGUACUUGGAGUGUCUGUUAGUUAUCUCUUUUACUUACAGUUGUUAUGUUCACUGUUUGAUCAGAUGCCACAUCUUGCAACAACUUAUGCUGCAGUCAAUUCACUGAUUACUCUGGGUGGUCAUAAAGCUCUUUCAUCAAUUAAUAGACGUGAACUGUACACGUUUCUGCGGCGAAUGAAACAACCAAGUGGGGGCUUCAGGAUGCAUGAUGCUGGAGAAAUUGAUGUUCGGGCUUGCUACACUGCCAUUUCUGUAGUAAGUGUUUUGAACAUUUUGGAUCACGAACUGGUUGAUAAUGUUGGAAGUUACAUCUUAAGUUGUCAGACUUAUGAAGGUGGUAUAUCUGGGGAACCUGGUUCUGAAGCUCAUGGUGGGUACACCUUUUGUGGGCUGGCAACAAUGAUUCUGAUCAAUGAGGUCAAUUGUUUGGACUUGCCUAGACUAAUUGAUUGGUUGGUAUUUCGACAAGGGAAGGAAUGUGGAUUUCAGGGGAGGACUAAUAAGUUAGUUGAUGGUUGCUACUCUUUCUGGCAGGGAGGUGCAUUUGCAUUAUUGCAAAGAAUACCUUCAGUUAGUGAGGAGCAAAUUGUGCUACCGGAUGUGGGACACUGCACUUUGGAUACCUCACACACUUCUACAACAUCUCGUAUAUCUGAAGUGGGCAACAGUUCUGAAGGUACUUCAUCUCAGGUUGAUGACACCAGAGGUUUUAGGCAAGAAGGGUUGAAGGUUCCCUUUCCAGUGAAUUACAAUGAUAUUGGAUAUGAUUUUAUCAACAGAAGUGUAGAAAUGAAGCCGCUUUUCCAUGCCAUUGCAUUGCAGCGGUACAUACUUUUAUGCACACAGGCAGAGAAUGGUGGACUGAUAGACAAACCUGGCAAAUCUAGAGAUUUUUAUCACACAUGUUAUUGCCUAAGUGGUCUCUCUGUAUGUCAACAUAUCUGCUCAGAUGCUGACUCCCCAGUUUUGCCUAGAGCAGUUUCGGGUCCCUAUUCCAAUCUGUUGGAACCGAUUCAUCCCCUCUUCAACGUCGUCUUAGAUCAGUAUCAUGAAGCGCGGGAAUUCUUCACUACACACCGGGCACCAUUCAACUCCGAGGUUCUCCAUUAACUUGAAAAUGCAUGUUGUGUUAUUCAAAAAAAGAAAAUGCAUGUUGUGUGCAAUGUAUCAGUUAGUAAUUCCAGGCCUUUGGUACAUGGAAUUGGAUCGAUUAUAGGUGUUCCAGUGUACCUAUAAUAUCUAUUUAGUUUCAAAUCUGUACUGUGAAAUAUGUAGUAUAAGUUGGUAGGAUCCUUAUCUUCAGUGGUGGUGUUCGAUCGUAUUA